AUAAGCAUGGUUCUAACAAAGGGUUAACCACCUGCUCGGUGAAGUAUAACAUGACAUUUUGCAUUUGAAACUUGACUGAACAUGAGGCAUCUCUUUCAGCAGUUACCAACUUCCGUUUUUUUUUUUCUGGGGAUGUCAUUUACAGUCAUUAAAGUUUUUGCUUAGUCUUUGUUACAUUCUGUUGCUACAGUUAUUUGUUCAGCUACCAGGUACUGUGUGUAUGGGGCAGAAAAGAUCCGUUUUAACAGAUUUAACAGAACGUUUUUUUUCCGGAAGGAUUUUGACGAGGCGUUGGACAAACAUGAUGAUGACAUGCUUGGCUGGAUCCAGAAACUCUUGAAAUCAAGAGCAUCUGUAUCAGCGCAACGUGAACAAGAAGAAAAAGUGACAAAAAAGUCAGUGUCUUUUGUCGGCAGCAUAACAACUUCAUCAGCAUGGUCAUGCUCUUCUUUGUCAUCUUCAUCAUCAUCAUCACUGGGGACAUCCCCUUCAAAACCACAACAGCCACAGUCAGCUCUGAGCUCGCUGCUCAGAUGGAGCCGAAAGUAUGACGUGUUUGUGUGCCACAGCUCUGUGGACAGGGACAUUGAGGAGGCUGUACGCUUAGUGUCUUUCCUGGAGGCUUCGCCUUGUAAUCUAAGGUGCUUUCUAUGGCAUAGAGACACCUGUCCUGGAGGUGCAAUGUCCACAGAGUUAUGCCAGGCUGUGCAAAACAGCCACUUAAGGGCUCUGCUUAUCACGCCUCACUUCCUGCAGGAGGAUUGGUGCAAGUAUAUGAUGCACCAAGCUCUGGCAGAGGGACCUAUGUCCAAUCGCAUUAUUCCCCUGGUUCAGAACCUGUCCCACUCUCAGUAUCCUCAGGAACUGAGGUUCUACUUCUAUAUUAACCUGAGCAGAAACCCCGACCGAGGUUAUGCUCUCGUCAACAACACUGUUCUCAAGUACCUGAAAGACCUGGUUAAAAAUGAGAAGACAUUUGAUUGCAGCAUGGACAGUAACGGACUAUUUGGAGAAGGCAGCCCAAAAAAAGACAAGCUGAUGACAAAGUGUUUACCCGCCGAGGCUUCAAUACCUCUGGAAGAAAUAGCAAAGACAGAUGAAAGCGUCAGUGUCUUUUCCUGUAAUCAUCAACAGUGAUCAAAGAUGGAGAUAGAGGGCAGUGGCUCUGAAUUGAAAACUGCUUCUAUUGAACAGACUCUCUCAACUUAAGUGACCCUUUUAUCACAUCAUGUAGGGACUGGGAUCUAAACUGGCUCCAAGCGUGUGUGAUGAACAGGAAACAGUUUAUUUCAAGCAGCAGUGUUGCAUAUUUCCUGUAUCAGAUCUAGAGAAGUAGCCUACAGUGUGUUCUGGCCUAAGUAAACAAUGAGCACAUAUCAUAAAAAUGUGUGGUUAUAGUCUGAGCUUGUUACACAUAGUCCACUUCAAUUGCAGCCCAUAGUUAACGUUUACAAUAUAGGGCACUCAAAUGCCGUAAGUGAUCGUGAUGAACGUGAUUCUCCUUUAAACAGAGUAAAACUGAGAGAUUACUUUAUUGUGGAUGAAUGAUGAUAACAGUGUUAUACAUAGUGUUUACCACUUGGUGGUGCAUUUUCCUCUUUUAUCCAAUCAGGAGUGCUUGUGAGGAGAUCCAUGUUACAGAUGUUUGAGCUCUCUUGUAUAAUGUUCAGCUUUUACCAUCGACAGCAAUGAUAACACUCGACGUGUCUUACACAUGUAUGUAUGUGAAAUAGAGAGCAAGAGUAAACAGACCCACCCAUGACAAAUUGACAGUGGCAUAACUUUUUCGGUGAACUGGGACUUAAGUAAUAACAGAGGAAGUGUGAUUCAUUGUGAGAAAAGUCACAGCUUAAUGUUUUACUUAUACUGUCUAUGAACUCUCUCUUAAACACAUAGCAAGAGCUCACAAGGAUGGCACUGCUCUGCUGGUAUUCCUAUUUCAGUCACAAUAUAUUUCUGAAUGUUUUUAGCUCAGCUUUUGGAACACAGUCUCAACAUGUUGAAGAAUUGUUUUUUUAGUGGGCUAUAUAUAUUCGAUUAACAAUGGAAGGUGCUGCCAAGGACAUUUCAAUCAGGAGAGACUUUGUUGCAGAUAUGGAAAGAUGUAUUGUUCAUAUGCAUAAUAUGAAAUGUACAGUCUUUGGAGUUUAGACUCCAUCGUAUUUUUUAAAGGGGUAGAAAGCCAAAACAUAAUCCCGCGAUGGAGUCUAGACACUAAUGGUGGUGUGAGGAGCCCGAAGACCAAACCGAGGAGCCGAUGGCAGUGGCCUGCCGGAGGAAGACCCAGGAGCUGUGCAUGGUGAAGAUCAAAGAUCGGAGGAACAAGGGGAGGAGGAGGGUUGUGCUCCUUGCUUGAAAUGACAACUGAGCAGCAGAGAGAGACAGGUUUAAAAAAGGGAUGUCAUGUUGUGAUUGGCUUGUGAAAUUCAUAGCCAGCUCUGAUUGGUUACGCUUCUAAAAGCUGUUCAGUUUAGAAGAGAGAGAUAAGUGAUUAAGUUUAGAAGUCUUCCUGAAAGAAUUUACACUGUGCUUCAUUUAGGGCUAAUCAUACCUAACAGAAAACUAAAAGUUGUUGUUCGGGUGGAGUCCCAAACAAGAACUUUAGUUACACAAAGUGUCUUGUACUUGUAUGUGUGUGAAAUAGAGAGCGAGAAUAAAUGGACCCACCCAUGACAAACGAUCUAGUAACUAGACCCACCAUUGUCUAACUGACAGUGACAGUUUCUAGCUAGUAAAUAGACCCACCAUUAAGUAACUGACAGUGACAGUUUCUAUCUAAUAUAUAGACCCACCCAUGACAAACUGACAGUGAAGGUUUCUAUUGUUGUGUGUUGUUCAUGGGCUGGUAGUGGUAGAGUGGCCUGCCAUACAGAAGGUUGGUGGUUUGCCCUUCAGUCCCAUGU